AUGAGUACGAAAGAGAAAGAACGUAAAAUAGAAGCAAAAUAUUCGCCUGGUGCGCAGAGCGAGCGGGUUAGGACCCUGUCAGCAAAAGGCAAGACAAAGUCUGCGAUGUCCAUAGUAAAGAAGGAGAAGCAUCUUUUAACCGAGAAUCGUAGCAAUAGUCUUGAAAAACAAACUGGAGAUGUGGGGUUCGGAUUAUUUGAAGCGGCCAAUGUAAUGUGUAAUAUA